AUGACAGGAACUAUGCUGCCGGAACAAUUUGACGGGACCGUUGAUCUGGGGAUCAUCGGCGGCACCGGGCUGUACAAGCUGGACUGUUUGAAACCGAUUGCCGUGUUACCGCCCAUGGUGACGCCCUGGGGGACGACUUCGUCGCCCGUAACGAUCUCUAGGUUCCAGCCUGGUGACGGUGACGGUGAAGGUAACGGUAACGGUAACGCUGCAUUAUUCUACGUUGCAUUCAUCUCGAGACACGGCUCGCACCACGAAUAUCCACCCACGAGGGUUCCCUUCCGGGCCAAUGUUGCCGCGUUGAAACAUCUCCAGUGUAAAGCUUUGCUUUCUUUUUCUGCGGUGGGGUCCCUGCGGGAAGAGAUUCAGCCGAGGGAUUUUGUGUUGCCGCAGCAGAUCAUCGACAGGACAAAGGGCAUCAGAGAGUCCUCGUAUUUCAAUGAUGUCGGGCUCGUGGGCCAUGUCGGGUUCGGGAACCCCUUCUCCCGUGCCUUUGCCGAGUACGUGCACCAGUUUAAAGACGUUCUUCACAACUACGAUGACGAAUCCAAAGUGCGCACUUUACACUUCGAUGCGGAGAGAACGGUCAUCUGCAUGGAGGGCCCACAAUUCUCCACGAGGGCAGAGUCCAAGAUGUACAGGAUGCUUGGCGGCGACGUCAUCAACAUGAGUGUCCUACCGGAGGCGAAACUGGCCCGUGAGUGCGAACUGCCGUACCAGAUGAUCUGUAUGUCUACGGACUACGACGCCUGGAUGGACCACGAGGAGCCCGUCACUGUGGAACAAGUGAUGGGGCACCUGUCCAACAAUGCUCGCAAUGCGAACGCACUGGCCACGAGGAUAAUUAACAAGAUGGCCGUGGAGCUGCCCGAGUUCAUGGCUACAGGGGACGGCCUCAAGGGGUCCAUCAAGAUGUCCAUCUCCACAAAACCGGAGGCAAUGUCGAAGGAGACUUUGCAAAAAUUGAGGUUUUUGUUCCCUGAUUACUGGUGA